AUGGUGAGCGUCCUCGCUGAUCCCACGGCGUUUGGCUACGUGGAAUGUGUCUGGUAUGCGCUCGAGCCGCUGCCGAGCAACCCACAGCACUCGUUCUGCGACCGCUUUGGGCUGAGCAUGACCGAGCUCGACACCUUGCUUACUCAUACCGAUCCGCCCUUCUUCUCUGGCGCAUUGAAGGAGCUCAAGUCGCUGCGCGAAAGCUCCUUCAAGGCGAGCAUCGCAGCGGCGUGCGGGCCAACGGCACCUCCAGUCUUCAAGCAGACGGCUCGCAGCACUGCGGCGCUCGAGCGCGCUGCCGGCGCUGUCGGCGGCGUCUCGUGGGUGGGCUUUGGGCGGCAGCCGGACGUCACCCCGCAGCAGCAGGCCGAUCGUUACGGCGAGGGAGAGUUCGUCUGCGAGUACAAACAUGCAAUGAUGCUCGCGUCGAAAGAGGACGGCUUUGCUACCCUAUCCGCAGUGCACAUCGCGCUCUCGGAGUACAAAUCUGAGAACCCGCACGUCUCGAGCGCCUUGGUCAAGACUGACGGAGCCGCCGCAUACGCGGGCGCGACCUUCACCCUCGGCCUCUCCUUCCUGGGUGAGACGACCGGCAUCGUCGUCCGCGGACACUUCAUCGGCGAAGCUGGGCAGAAUAAGUCUACUCUCGACGGCGAGUUUGCGGUCAGCGGGAGCCAGGUCCGCCGGCUCAUCUGCAGCGGCCUCCACGACGUCCGCACGCCGUCAGACCUAUUCCACGGGUUAGAGAAGGUGCUCUCCAAGCAGGGCGGCCGCACAGUCGCGCUCUUCCGGCCCGCCGGCAGCGAGGAGUUCGCCGUGGAGACGAUCGCUCGCCUCACCCUGAUGUCGGCCCGCGAGUACGUCUACGACGGGUCGGGGUCGUUCGAGGCGCUGCUACUCCGCCGCCAGUCCUUUCUGGGGGAGGGGGAGCGGCUGACCUCGGCCGACCUCUUCCCGGACGGAAGGGUCGCGCCCACCGCGCCUCAGGUCGUCGCCUCGACGAGCCGCGGGGCGGCGGGCAGCUCGGGGCAGCACGAGCUCGUCGCACGAAACGACGACAGGGGCCGCGAGGGCAAAGCGGACCGGAAGCUCGUCGCACGAAGCGACAGGGGCCGCGAGGCGCGGGCGAAGGCCAAGGCGGAGCGGAAGGAGGCGGCACAGGCGAAGGUGGCGGCGGAGCGCCGCCGUCUCGCUUCGGAGGCCUCGGUGGCGCGAUCGACAGCGCGGUCCUACCGAUGCUGCGACAUGCCUGGCGGCAUGCACGGCUGCGAUCGAGUCUUUGUGCGCCUAGGGGCGUUAAACAGGCAUCUGGAGCAGGGUCGCACCAACCCGGAUGUGCACCAGUCCGGUUAUGUCCGAUGCUACCCCGCCGGCGCGCCUGUCGGCAGGGCGAGCGCCGGCGACGUGCUUGCGCGAGCGGUUGCCGCACAGGCAGGGCGUGUCACCAUCCACGGCGGCGAGGGCGGCCUCGCCUCGCCCACCCUCUGCCCGGUGGCCGAGCUGCAGCUGACGCUGUGCGAUGGGACCGUGUGCAAGCCGACCCCUCCGGAGGCUGGCUAUGCCGGUAACCAGCAGGGGCGGUCGAAGCCGCGCCGCAAGUCCGCCAUGCAGCUGACCUACGUCCUACUCGUCGGCCACGACGUGAAGGAUGAGAAGGGGUACGAGAACCUGCACGGGCACGAGGCGAGCCAGCUCAUGCUGGAGUGGGGCACGGCCGGCUUUGCCAGCCGUUUUGCGGGGGUUGGCAAUGCGGCGGCCACGCAAGACGGGCAGCCGCACCUGCCGCGGACGGCGCAACUCUCGGCGAGCGAGCUCACGCCGCUGCUUAUGCUGCCCCGGGCGAAGCUCGAGGCUCGCAUCCUGAAGCUGAAGGCAAAGGAGCGGCGCCCCUGGGUCGCCGCAAAGACGAGGAAGCGGAAGCGCAGCGCCGUCCCUGCCGGCCGCAAGCAGAAGCCCGACAGCGCGGCCAUCCUGCGCUCGGCGCGCGUCAAGCUUCGGCGCGCGGGCUGGGACAUCGCCGCCGCAGUCGGGCAGAGGGGCGGGCGGCGGGCGGACCGCCUCACCGUCCCGGAGCUGAAGGCUCUCGUGGCAGGCCGCGGCUGGAAGCUGGGGAAGGGUGAGAAGGCCAACCAAGGCCCCCUGCUUGCGCUCGCCGAGCGGAAACGCAAAGAGGCGCGCGACGCGCACGCUGGCCGCCACGGCGGCGUCGCCCGGCCUGAGGACGGCCUGGACGAGUGCUGGGCGCCUCAGCCCGAGGAUGAGGUGUCAGACGACGGCGCGGGCGGCUCCGAGGCGAGCGGCUCGGGCGCCGCCGGCGCUGCAGGCGGUGCGGGCGGUGCGGGCGGUGCGGGCGCGGGGGGCGUAGCAGGCGCGAGGGCGGAGGCCGGCACGGCUGGGGAGCCGGCGGGCGACGGCUCGGCGUCGGAGGGAGAGGCUACAGGUGAUGUCGAAAUGGGUGAGGCAUGCGGGGACGCCGAGAUGGCAGAGGCAGGGUCGGGGAGCGGCGGCGGCGGCGGUGGCGACGGCAGCGACGGCAGCAGCAGCAGUAGCAGCAGCAGCAGCGACGAUGACAGCGACGACGCCGACGGACCUGACAGCAACUGUGAGGGAGAGGGAGAGGAUGUAGCGUCGUCCGAGUCUGAGAGUGAGUCUGGGGAUGAGGGUGAGGAGUAG